GGGAAUUCUAUACAGAGAACUAUACAGUGAGUAGUGAGUAAUUUCGAACACGGUAAAGAACCCGUUUCUCUUUACACUGCGCAUGCGCAAAUCGAGCAGUGCAGCGUGUGAGAGAUGGCGUAUACAGCUAAAAUCGGGCCCUCGAUUUUAAGUAGCGAUCUUUCCCAGUUGGGGAGGGAGUGCGAGCGGAUGAUGGAAUGUGGCGCUGAUUAUUUACACCUGGACGUUAUGGACGGGCAUUUUGUUCCGAACAUCACGUUUGGCCAUCCGAUGGUAGAAUGUCUCCGGAAAGCUGUGGGUCCAAAUCCUUUCUUUGACAUGCACAUGAUGGUUUCCACACCAGACCAGUGGGUGAAACCAAUGGCAGCAGCAGGAGCCAACCAGUAUACAUUUCAUUUGGAGGCAACUACAAAUCCUGGAAGCCUUAUCAAGGAAAUCCGUGAAAGUGGCAUGAAGGUUGGCCUGGCUAUCAAGCCUGGAACCACGGUUGAACAAUUAGCACCAUGGGCUGGGCAAAUUGACAUGGCACUAAUUAUGACAGUGGAGCCUGGAUUUGGUGGGCAGAAGUUUAUGGAGGACAUGAUGCCAAAGGUCAGCUGGCUAAGAAGCCAGUUCCCUUCCCUAGAUAUUGAGGUAGAUGGAGGAGUUGGACCAGACACGAUUCAUCGGUGUGCUGAGGCAGGUGCUAAUAUGAUCGUGUCAGGCAGUGCUGUAGUGGGCAGUGCAGACCCUCGGUCUGUAAUUGCCCUCCUCAAAGAUGUCGUCCUUGAAGCCAUUCAGAAACGAUCACUAGACCGCUAAUAAUGCCAGCUAUUUUAUUUCCCAGCUAUCCAAAAAUUUAAUCUCAACCUGUCUAAACUAUUUGAAUGGAGAAGUGUAUGCUAAUUGAGCUCAUUAAUUGCCUUGGGAGUCAAAACUGUGAGAUUUGUCUUUUUUUUCCUCCCCCCCUCCUUUUUUUUAAUUGAAAAUCAGUACAGCCUUUAAGACUGUUUGUUUAAUGCUAAUAGGGAAGCAUCCCUAGAAUAAACAGCUCUAGAAUGGUUAGACCACUAAAUAUAAAUGUUGCUGAGACACUUUGAGGUCAUUCAUUAUAAAGUAAUAGGUGGACCGUAAUAGGCAUUGAUUAGCUUGUGCAUUCCAUUCCUUUUUCUGUUAAGAAAAUGAGAAAUAUGUAAAUAAAAGCUGUGGUAUAA